AUGGCAGAUAUUCAGACUGAAAGAGCAUUCCAAAAGCAAUCAGCAGUGUUCCUUAACUCCAAAAAACUCUUGGCAAAGAAGACUACAGCCGGUGUCAGAUACUACAAGAAGAUCGGUCUUGGUUUCAAGACUCCCGCUGAGGCCAUCGAAGGUCAAUACGUCGACAAAAAGUGCCCCUUCACCUCAUCCGUCUCAAUCAGAGGCAGAAUUUUCAAGGGUGUUGUCCUUUCAACUAAGAUGAAGAGAACCAUCAUCAUUAGAAGAGAUUACCUCCACUACGUCAAGAAGUACAACAGAUUCGAGAAGAGACACAACAACUUCGCUGUCCACUGCUCACCCGCAUUCCCAAGAGUCAGAGAAGGAGACGUCGUUACUGUAGGACAGUGCAGACCACUCUCAAAGACUGUUAGAUUCAACGUUCUCAGAGUUGAAGCCAAGAGAAUCGAAGGUAACGUCAGAAAGCAAUUCGUUCUCUUCUGA